AUGGCCCAAACCACUGCGCAAGAUUUCUUCGGCGGGGCAAUCCGCGGGGUUGUACCACAGCGCUGGAUUGACGCUAGCAACCUCCGCGAAAUCCCAGACCACCAGGAACUCUUCCUUUCACCAGAGACCCUCUCGAAUCUGAUCAUAGAAAUCAACCAGCGUGUCUCGCAAGAGGAUGCCCUCAGCGCAUUCACCACUUUGAGCCAACAAAAUCCCUCCCUUGCAGCAGCGAAUGGCGCCGAUUCCUCAGAGGCAAUUGACCAGGCUGCGGCACUUUACCACAUGCAAGACCUCUGCGAUGAAGGCGAUUCCAUGCAGAUAAUCACCCCGCCGCAGCAAAUGAGUCUUGCCAGGUUAACUGCCAGUGCCCCAGCCGGGACACUCGUCAGUGCAUACAAGGGUGUUGUUCAAUUCAAGACAGCACCCAAGCAGCGAGGCGGGCAGGCUCCUGCCACCAAUGCUACGGCAGCAGCAUCUCCUGGUGGCGCUGGGGCCCCGAUGUCGCAGCUCACGUGCCAUUAUUUGCUUGUGAGACUGGAGGCCCAGGAAAGCGACCUUCUUGUGUUCUUCAAUGUGCCCCACGAGGAGUUUGAGAAGAACGGGGAUGCACAGGGUCUUGAAAGAGAGAAGGCUAUUGCGGAAGAGACUGUUGCGGCGUUUGUGGAUGGAUUAGAGAUUCAGGACUGGGGGCUUUUUCUUUGA